AAGUUACAUUAUUAGCGUUUGGCUAAUACUUCUUGCAUUUACGUUGAGUCAGCGAUAUUUAUUACUCCACAUUGCCUGUGCUGAUUCCGCCACGUCCUGAAAUGACUUUCGCGCACGUGAAGUCGCCGGCCGUUAAGACCCACCUCCGUAAAUAUGAUUGGCUGCCAUAGUGUUAUUGGAGGGUUACGUCAUGUCUUGAGCGACAAGUAGCCGGAGGUGAUAGGGUACGUAGCACGGACAUAUGCCGCUGAGGGAGAUACCCUCUGCUAGUAGUCGCAUUAUAUCAGAGAAGAGGGGCUGAGCCACACUGAAACUUUUUCGGAUGCUCUGUGUCGCUUCAUGCUGAUCUUUUCUUUUCCACAGCUCAGUAGAGCAGCGGUGCGUGUAAGGAGACUGGUAGCUCAUCUCAGCACUGCAACCAUGUCCACAAGCUCCAGUUUGUCUUCUGCGGCCAACGGGGAUGCUCCCACUGCAGCCAUCCUCAUCAUUGGAGAUGAGAUUCUUAAGGGUCACACAGUGGACACCAACAGCACCUUUCUAACUAAAGCACUUAGGAGGCUCGGAGUGUCUGUGCAGCGCAUAACAGUCGUACCAGAUGUGCAGGAGGUCAUUGCCAAAGAGGUGACCCUCCUUUCAUCCCAGUAUACACACCUCAUCACAUCAGGGGGUAUAGGCCCCACUCACGAUGACGUCACCUUAGAGAGCGUUGCCAUGGCAUUCCAAGAGGAGUUAUAUCCCCAUCCUGAGCUCAGCCGGCUGGUUGAAGAAUUCUUUGGGGUGAUGGACAAAAACAGUGCUCCUAUGAAGCUGGCCAUGGUGCCUCACUCAGCCAAACUCAACUAUGGAACUGACCCUCAGACUGGGCAAAAGCACCGUUACCCUCUGGUCAGUGUACGUAAUGUGUACAUCUUUCCUGGGGUCCCGUCUUUGAUGGAGAAGUCCUUCAGUGGGCUGGAGCACCUCUUUGCUGGUUCAGGGACCACCUUUCACACUCGUGAGGUGUUUGUGGAUGCAGAUGAGACAGAUAUUGCACCUGUGUUGACCAAUCUGCAGGCUGAUUGGGGCCGAAAGGUGGCUCUUGGCUCCUACCCUGAUUGGUUGAGCAACUAUCACAGAGUUAGGCUGGUCCUGGACUCAGACAGCCAGGAGGAAGUGGACAAAGCCCGAACACAGCUGCUAGAUAACUUGCCCAAGGGCAGCGUGGUGCCCUUAGUCACAGACCCGGUGUCUGUAGCCCCCGCUGAGGUGUACACAUUGGCCAACAGUGGUACAGAGUUGGGUGAGAAAGUCAUGUCUGCACUGAAAACAAUAGAGGCUGCGCUCCAUCAAUAUUCAACAGAGCAAAUCUGUGUUGGCUUCAAUGGGGGCAAAGACUGCACAGCGCUGCUCCAUCUCUACUAUGCUGCACUGAAACGUCGAUAUCCAGAUGUUAAGGACAAGGUGAAAGUUCUGUAUAUUCGUAUUGUCUCUCCAUUCCCAGAAAUGGAGAGAUUUCUACAGGACACAACAAAAAGAUACGGCCUGGAGCUGUUCGCUGUGGAGGGAAGUAUUCGCCAAGCACUGAGUGAGGUGAAGGAACGAAAGCCGGAGCUAAAAGCCGUACUGAUGGGGACCAGGAGGAGUGACCCGUACUCACUCACACUCACACCCAUGUGUCCUACUGAUCCUGGGUGGCCCGACUACAUGAGAGUCAACCCAUUACUGGACUGGACAUAUCAUGACAUCUGGGCAUUCUUGAGGACAUUAUAUGUGCCCUACUGUAUCCUCUAUGAUAAAGGGUACACUUCACUCGGCAGUAUGGACAACACCAGUCGAAACGAGGCCCUCAAGAUGGUGGACGCGAGGGGGGUGACCCGAUACAAGCCAGCCUACCUCUUGGAGAAUGAAGACGAGGAGCGAAACUCUCGUGCCUGAAAUCACCUCUUCUCUUGUUACUUGACCUGUUCUUCAUAGAGCCAAUUUUUUUUUUUUUACGUCUGCUAACCAUUAAAAUAAUUUAAUUCAUAAGAAGGAGCUUUUCAAAAAUACCAUGUCUGACUGCAGAAUGAGAUCACAGAAAAUGUGUGUACUGUGUUGCUUGUGUGUGUGUGUGAGUCUAAAGUAAUGGCUCUCUGUGCUGUUGAAUAAAACAUGUCUUUUUUUUUUCUCUUCCAUUGUCAUGUUACUUUAAGAGGGCUCUCACAUACAAAUGGGAAUCUGCA